GUCCAAUUCUCUGUAGAAAUAAUUUUCCUACAAAGAGAAAGAGUGAAAAAAUAUAUAUAUAAUAAAAUUAAAUUAAUAAAAAAAACAAGGCUGCUGUUUACACCAAAACCAGAGAGAGAGAGGAGAGAGAGAGAGAGAGGGAGAGUCUAUGAAAUUCGAUUCCAGCUAAAACGAUCUCAAAGCUGGAAGCGUUGAAAGAAAAGGAAAAGAGGGAGAUAGAUAUUUUUUAUUGGGUUUUUAAAUUGAGUAGUUUUGAUCUUUGGUUUAUUUUCAAGAAUUGAAUUAUUCAAAGUUGUUAAAUUUGUAUUUUUUUAAGGAGGGUGUGAUUUGUGAUCGGGGUUGAGUUUGAUUGUUUUAGAGGGAAUCCUUGGUGGGUUUUGGUGGGUUUUUGGUUCUGUGAAAUGGGUCAGAGAGAGUUUUGGAAUUGGAUGUGAGGUUGUGAGGAUGGAGCUCUCAGUUUGAGGGUUUGAAUUUUAAGUUUUUUCUUUCUGGUUUUUUUUUUUUUUUUUGGUGAAUGAUUUCUGUUGGGGAUGCAAGGAAGGGGCUAGAGUUAAGGUUUGGUGGUGGGAGAGAGAUGGAGGAGACUGAGCUUGAAGAAGGGGAGGCUUGUUCUUACAGAAACGACAAUGAAGAAUACGAUCCAAGCAUCGACCCUGAUGUUGCUUUCUCUUACAUUGGUGAGAAACUUCAAAAUGUUUUGGGACAUUUUCAAAAGGAUUUUGAAGGUGGGGUUUCUGCGGAGAAUUUGGGGGCAAAAUUUGGAGGGUAUGGCUCAUUUUUACCUACCUAUCAGCGAUCUCCAGUUUGGUCUCAUCCCAGGACUCCUCCAAAAGUUCAGAACAACGGCACAGCUAGAUCUCCCAACAAUUCACUAUUGGAGGGUAGCCAUCAAAACUCUUCAGUUUCUUCAAGUGCACCUCAAUCUGUGAGACUUGUACCAGUUUCUACUAGUUCCACACCAUUGCCUUUAUUGAAGGCACCAUCAAUGAAGGACUCUGUCAAAAAGGAUGCUGGAAUGCCAUCAAUUCGUGCUGAGGAUGUCACUCAUAGAUAUGAAAUUGAGAACAAGAAAUCUACUAAUUUAUCAGACCAGAAAACACUGAAGGUUCGAAUCAAAGUGGGUUCUGAUAACUUGUCAACAAAAAAAAAUGCUGCAAUCUACAGUGGUCUUGGUCUUGAUGUCUCACCAUCAUCGUCAUUGAAUGACAGCCCUUCAGGAAGUGAAGGGAUGUCCCGAGAGCCUCAAGAUAGCCCAUGCGAAUCUCCCACCAGUAUUCUUCAGAUUAUGACAUCCUUUCCAGUGCACGGGGAUCUACUAUUAUCACCUCUUUCCCAUGAUCUGAUUCACCUGACCAUGAAGGAAAAGCUUACGAAAGAUUAUAGACAUAUGCCUGUGAUCAGGGGUGGUGCGGAAAAUUCUAACGUGGUACCAAGUGGGUCUGAUUCAGGAAAGGUUGAUGGGACAGUGAUAGAAGAGAAGAAGAAGAACUCUAUGAAGCGGAAUGAUAUUUCAGUGGAAUUGAAGAUUGGCGAUAGUAAGGAUGCUCAGAAGGGCAAUGGAUUUAUAUUACGGAAGGAACGUGAUGUUGACAUAUUGAAUUAUGAGGAACUUCUUUGUAAUACUCUAAAACUACCACUUCUAUCUAAUUCAAAUUCUGUUGUUGAUGACAUACCAAGAGGUAAAGAUAGGGACUCUGAUGUGUUAGGGGAAGCCAAUAACGAUGUACUAAGGGACAAAGACUUCUCUAAUACAGCAAAGGAGGAAACUUUGGGGCCAACAUUCACUCAAGAGGAUGGGUGGUUUGAGAAGUCGAAGGUGGGUUCAGCUGGAAAGAUUUGGGAAGAUAAGAAAGCAAGUUCAGUCGAUGACAGUUCAGUAUAUUCUAAAAAAGUUGCCCAUUCCAAUGGAGAGAAAAGUUACGACUCUGUAAAAUCUGAUUCAAAUGUUUCUAAGGGAAGAAAAGCUCUGAACUCUAAACUCUCGGAUCCUUCCAAGGAGAAGGCUAAUCAGAAGGCCACUGUCCAUGAACCAGACAGUAUUAGAUUGCCUCCUGAGAAGGAGCAUCCUUCUAAUGGGAGUAAGAAGAAAUCAAAGGGAAGUCAAAGUAAUGGCACCGUAGCCACUGAGGUUCCAAAAGUAAGCUUGAGGGUUCCCUCUUCAGUGCCCAAAAUAAAAAAGAGCACUCAUGUGGACUAUUUGACAUCUAAAAGUGAAAUGGAAGACUUCAAAUCACAGAAGGAUCUUGAAAGAGCUGGAGAUAGAUAUAGAGAUUUGUUUGGGGGAUCAGAAGAAGAAGAUAACCAAAUGGAAUCAUUGGAACUGCCUUCUGAAGAUAAGGACUUUGAGGCCAUUGAGAAUCAUGUGACUGCCAUUAAAAAUGCAUCAGAUGAAAGAUCGAGUGGUAGGAAAUUUGAGAAGCUACCAACAGUAGACGCUUAUCCUAAAGCAAUUUCAAUUUCAAAUGUAGGUCCAUCCUAUGGGCCCAUUUCUGAUAUAGCUCCUGCAACAGGGGCUCCUUCAGUGAUAGAUCGAGACACUUGGGUCAUGUGUGACAAGUGUCAAACAUGGCGGCUUCUUCCAUUUGGUAGAAGCCCUAAAGACCUACCUGAGAAGUGGAUAUGUAGCAUGCUUGACUGGCUGCCUGGAAUGAAUAUGAAUCGGUGUACCUUUACUGAGGCGGAAACAACACAAGCUCUUGUCGCACUGUACCAAGCUGCUCCUGAAAGUCAAACUAAUCUGCAUAGGAAUCCUGGUGGAGCUAUAGCCGGAGUAACCUUUGCUAAUGUUCGGCAUCUUGACCAAAACCACAAAAAUAUUGGUUUGCAUGUUAUGCCCUCUGGUGGAAAGAAGAAAGAUGGAUUAAAAGAAACAUCAGAUGCAACAUAUAAAGAUGGCCCCUCUCAAUUGUCAAACUCGAUGGAGAAAAACUUGCAGGCGUUGGUGAAAGGUAGGAGCCUAAAUGAUGUUAACCAAUCUCCUCUGAUGGGAGAUCCUGAUUUUCAACAGCUAAGCAAGUCCAGUGACUUACCUGUAAAAAAACAUAAAGAGAACCAUAAAGUAUGUGACAACUAUUCUGAUGGAGGUGAUACCAAGAAUUUAAAGAUGAAAAGCAGAAGGGAUAAUAGUGAUCAAGAUAGUUCUAGAGCUUCCAAGAAAUUGAAGAGUGAAGGUAUGCAUCUUAAUGAUGAAGACAGGAUGUCAGACCACAGUGAGCCCACAGGGAAAACAGGUCCUAGCUCAAGUAGUGGUUUUCCUACUACAUCGUCUGAGAAGGAUCAGCAUCGAUAUAAUGGGCACUCUUCAUAUCAGGAUUCAAGGGAUGAUGUAAAUGACAGGGUACAUGUUUCUAAUAAAAAGCCAAAACACAAACUUCCAGUUUCCUUGGAUAAUGGAUCCUUGGAAAUGGGAAACUCUGAUACUAGAGAAAAUGCUAAAAAGAGGAAAGUGAAGGGGGAGUUCAAAGAAAAUGACUACAGGAAGGAAAAGAAGGCCAGGGUAUCUAAGUCUGAGGGGAAAGAGUCCAGUACAAGUAGGGACAGUGGUAGAACAGACAAAAAAGGUAGUCAUUCAAAGAACCAGCAAAUUGGGCAAGAUCUAGGGAGCAAUCUAUCUCAGCGAAGCUUGGAUGGUAUGGAUUCUUUGAGGAGGGAUUUGGGAUCUAUACAGCCUUCCAAUGCAGCCACUUCAAGCUCUUCUAAAGUUUCUGGUUCCCAUAAAACAAAAUCCAGCUUCCAGGAACUGAAAGGCUCACCAGUAGAAUCAGUUUCUUCUUCACCUAUGAGAAUUUCUAAUCCAGAUAAGCUUACAUCAGCAAGUAGGGGUCUCAAGGGGAAAGAUGACCAUCAGGAUGCUGGUCUCUCUGCUGUAGGUAGUCCAAGAAGAUGCUUAGAUGGUGAAGAUGAUGGGAGUGAUCGUUCUGGGACAGAAAGGAAGGACAAAACAUUCAAAGUGGCUAAUCACGUAUCAGGUAAUAGAGCUAGGGCUGAUAUUGUGCCUUCUCCUGAUAUCACAAACAACCAUUUAAUGAAUGAUGGUGUCCAUAAUUUAGGCCACGAUGAUCCAUAUCCUAGUAAACCACAGUCUUCAAAUCAAUGCCAUGAUGAAGAAAGACAGAUCAACAGUCAUCCUCAUGCUAAUGAGUCUCGUCCAAGGAAGUCUGGAAAGGGGUCCUCUUCACGGAUGAAGGACAAAAACCGAAGUUCUAAAACUGAAUUUGAAGUGGGUAAGUCCAAGAUUUCUGAAUCUCUCAGUGACCGUCAAGAUCACUCACCUUUCCAUGAAGUAAAACCUAGUGAUGGUAAAAACCAGUUACAGGAGAAGUUUGGAGUCAAGUCUGAUGAAACUGAUAACAGAUAUGUCAGUAAGAAAGAUUCUGCAGGAAAAUUACCAAGUGAGAGCAGCAAAAGAGAGAGCCAGUUAAAUUUUGGAGAGCAUGAUGGUUCACAUAACAAAGUAGAUUCUAAAUGCAGACAGGAUGCAUUGUCUACAACAAAGCAAAAUCAUCUGCAAGACUCUGAUGGUGAAAGAUCUUUGAAGAGGUUCCCUUAUGAUAAAACUGAUCAAGUUGGACUAGCUUCUGGGAGAGGGAAGUCACUACCAUUACCACCCACUGGAGGACCUCACAUUGAGACACUUAAUCGUUGUCCCAGACCAGUAACUGGGUCCCACAAAGGAAAUGGAGCAGAUAUUUUGACAGUUGAUGCCGUUGAAGGUGAUGAUGCAUUAAAGUCGCAAAAACAGAUAAGAAAGGCUGAUCAACAGAAUGGAACUCAGCAUACCAGUUCAAGACAUCCCACAUCCAAUGGACAGAAGGCCAGGGAACUUGACGCCCCUAGUCCAGCUAGAAGAGAUUCCUCCAACCAGGCUGCUACCAAUGCUCUGAAAGAGGCUAAAGAUCUAAAACAUUUGGCUGAUCGCCUUAAGAACUCGGGGUCAAAUCUUGAUAGCACGAGACUUUACUUUGAGGCGGCCCUCAAGUUUCUUUAUGGAGCCUCUUUGUUAGAAUCUGGCAACGGUGAGAGUUCCAAACAUAACGAGAUGAUUCAAUCAAAGCCAGUGUAUAGCUCCACUGCAAAACUAUGCGAGUUUUGUGCCCAUGAAUUUGAGAAAUCCAAAGACAUGGCUACUGCUUCUCUGGCCUACAAAUGCAUGGAGGUGGCUUAUAUGAGGGUAAUAAAUUUCUCACAUGCUAGUGCAAGCAGAGAUCGCCUUGAGUUGCAGACGGCUCUACAAAUGAUUCCUUCUGGUGAGUCUCCUUCUUCAUCUGCCUCUGAUCUGGACAACUUAAACAACUCAACCACAGUGGACAAGCUUACCUUGUCCAAGGGCGUUGGUUCUCCCCAAGUUGCUGGAAACCAUGUCAUUGCUGCACGAAAUCGUAUCAACUUCACACGAUUACUUAGUUUUGCACAAGAUGUAAAUUUUGCAAUGGAAGCCUCAAGGAAAUCACGGAUUGCUUUUGCAGCUGCUAAUGUAAGCUUGGGUGAGACCAAGAAUGGGGAGAGUAUGUCUUCCAUUAAAAGGGCUCUUGAUUUUAACUUCCAUGAUGUAGAGGGAUUACUACGUUUGGUAAAGCUUGCAAUGGAAACCAUUAGCCGUUGAAGGAAUCGAAAGUUGUUGUGGAGACAAUUCGACCCUGAAAGAAAGUUAUUUGGGUUAGUAUAUCCUGUGUAUAAGCCUUUAAGGAAAAAAGAAAAGAGGUUUGACCUGGAUCUCUCUGCCACACUGCAUGAUAGUUCUGUUGAGAGGCUGGUCAUCACCAACUUGUGAAGUUAGUGCUCUCUGUACAUGUUUGAAAUACAAGAUGAAUAAUGGCAUCUUCAAUGUAUUUUUAAGGGGCUGCAUCUGCUUUCGGAAUUGAACAAGGGGCAAAUUGAGGAAGAGUGAUCUGUUACCAAUUAAGUCUUUGGCCAAAAUGAUUCUGAGAUUUUAGAUUUAUGUGGAUAUAUGAGCCUUGGGGAUUGUUGUUCAAGAUAUAAUAGCUGUGGGGUAUUUGAAUUUUUAUACCGGAACUUGCAAUCUGUUGGGCUUCUCUCUUCUUUAAGGAAGAUAUAGUUUUUCUGCCCUGUCAAUUUGAUAUUUACUUUAUUUGGAGACAACUUAAGGAUGAGCUGCCAGCAUGUGCAUGAACUUUGCAAUAUUGGUUUACCUGCAGACACUUCAAAAAUUAUGUAAAGAGCAUAAAAGAAAUGGCAGUCUCAGGUGGUCUUCAAUAGUUUCUUAUUGUAGUUGGGAAUGAGUCUCUCUUUGUUGUUGAUAGAUACAAGCAAGAAUAAGUCAGAAAAAAAAUUAUAGCAGAAAAUAAAUUACAGUUAUAACCGUGUAAACUACCAGAACAGUAUUUCCAGAUUAUUUUCCUUAAAGAGGCUGUCCAUGUAAAUAUGUGAACCAUUGAUUUAUGUUCAUACCAGGAAUAGCUUAAGCUUUUUUUUCAAAAGGGCGGAGGGAGUGUAAUUUCAUACCAUCAGUGAUAGCACAUUUGCAUCUUACAGGUUAAGCAAUUGGGGCAGUCACAGUGGCAUCACGGAUGGCUAAUGGGUUACUGACUGCAGUGGAGAACUUGCCUUUUUGAUCCCCUAGACAAAAUCCAGUAUAGUUUUUCUUUUUUAUUUCUAGUUGCUCUGUAAACGGAUGAGAUUUUUGACCCCUCCAUACCUGCUUACCAAGUACUUAUUCUUACACCUGUACAAUUGUAGCAACAUUUACCCAAUUCUUCAUAAUAAAAUUUUGAAAUCU